UAUGACUUAAAAGUGUUGUACUUGUUGGCAAACUCUCUUUGCAUGAGAGGUGCAGGUUGAAAAUGCUUUUAUCCAGUACCAUGAUUCUCUCUAAUUCUCCAAUUGCAUCCCCUUCACUACCAACUUCAACGGGUGCCAAGUUGGAAACUUUUUCCCUGAAAAAUGAUGGGGUUAUCAGAAUUAGAGGAGCUACUGCUUCUUCAGUGGCACCCAGAAUCCGAAAAACAGCAACAUGUUCUGUAUCGAAAGAUGGUAAUGCCUCUGUUGAGACUGAUGUACCUUUCCCUGCUGAUUACUCUGAGCUUCUGGAACAAGCCAGAGUAGCUGCAGAUUUGGCUAUAAAGGAUAACAGACAGCUAAUGGAGAUUGAGUUUCCCACAGCUGGACUCGGGUCUGUGCCAGGUGAUGGGGAAGGUGGAAUUGAAAUGACUGAGAGCAUGCAAUUGAUUCGUGAAUUUUGUGACCGCUUCAUUAGUUCAGAGAAAGCCACACGAACAAGAAUAUUUUUUCCAGAGGCUAGCGAAGUUGACUUUGCCAGACAAUCAGUUUUUAGUGGAUGUUCUUUUAAGUUGGACUAUUUGACAAAGCCUUCAUUCUUUGAAGAUUUUGGCUUUGUUGAGAAAAUAAAAAUGUCAGACAGGGUGAAGACCGGAGAUGAACUUUUCUUGGUUGGCUACCCAUAUUUUAAUGUCAAUGAAAUACUUGUUGUGGAAGAACUUUAUAAAGAGGCGGUCUUGAACACUGAACGGAAACUGAUUAUUUUCAAUGGAGAACUCGAUCGCAUAAGAUCUGGAUAUUAUCCAUCAUUCUUCUACCCAAAGCUUGCUGCACUUACGAAGACCUUCCUACCUAUGAUGGAAACUGUGUAUUACAUUCAUAAUUUCAAGGGCCGCAAUGGAGGAACACUUUUUAGGUGCUAUCCAGGACCCUGGAAGGUCCUUAGAAGAGUGGGGAAUAGGAAAUAUGUUUGUCUACAUCAGCAGAAUAGUAUGCCAUCCCUCAAGGAAGUUGCCCUUGAGAUUCUUCCAUCUGCUUGAUAAAUACUUAUGCUACCUUAUUAUGUGAUGAGCAACAGGGGUUGGUCUCCAGCUCUUUUGCAGAGAUUUUGAAAGGACUCUACACACUUGCCAUUUGAUUAACGAAGUAUUGAAGUUGGGGCCCAAAGAAAUGGCGUUUUCUAGCAUAAAAGUGGUGUCAAUGAGUAGCAAGUUGUUACUUGUACAGUUUAUAAAUUCAUCUUUCGUCAUUUGUGUGUGGACUAUUGUGUAGAACUUUAUCAGACCAUCACAAUCACUGAUUAAAAGAAUCACUUUGUGUUUUUCGCUGUUUUUUUUUUGUUAUAAUACAAAUGAAGAUAAGGUCCUGUAUUUUGGUAAACAAAAGGUGGUGGCUUGUUAUUAAUCUUUGCUAUUGACGAUAAUUGGUUCAAUGUUGUACUUGUAUCUUUUUAAUUAUGAAUAUAUAUAUUUUGUUU